AUGGCAGAGAAGAUCCUGGUGACGGGUGGAGCUGGUUACAUCGGGAGCCACUGCGUGCUGGAGCUGCUGGAGGCUGGAUACACCCCCGUGGUCAUCGACAACUUCCACAAUGCCAUCCGAGGGGCGGAUGAGCUCCCAGAGAGUCUCCGGCGCGUGCAGCAGCUGGUGCAGCAGCCCAUCCUCUUCCAGGAGCUGGACAUCACGGAUGAGGCUGCGCUGCAGGAGCUCUUCAGUAAGCAUCGUUUCUCGGCCGUGAUGCACUUUGCAGGGCUGAAGGCAGUGGGAGAGUCUGUGCAGAAACCUCUGGAAUAUUACAGAGUGAACCUCACUGGGACCAUCAGGCUGCUGGAGACCAUGAAGGCUCAUGGUGUGAGGAACAUCGUGUUCAGCAGCUCUGCCACUGUCUAUGGAGACCCCAAGUACCUCCCUCUGGAUGAGAACCACCCGGUGGGAGGCUGCACCAACCCCUAUGGCAAAUCCAAGUACUUCAUCGAGGAGAUGAUUCGGGAUCUCUGCAAGGCAGAGAAGGGCUGGAAUGCUGUUCUCCUGCGCUACUUCAACCCCAUCGGUGCCCACGAGUCGGGAAUGAUUGGAGAAGAUCCUCAGGGGAUUCCAAACAACCUCAUGCCCUAUGUGGCACAGGUGGCAGUGGGACGUCGGGAAUUCCUGAGUGUGUUUGGGAAUGACUACAAGACAGAUGAUGGAACAGGUGUCAGGGAUUACAUCCACGUCGUGGAUUUGGCCAAGGGCCACAUUGCUGCUUUGAAGAAACUGAAGGAGAACUGUGGCUGCAAGAUCUACAAUUUGGGCACAGGCACUGGUUACUCUGUCCUGCAGAUGGUGCAGGCCAUGGAGAAAGCCUCAGGGAGGGAGAUCAAGUACAAGAUCACAGCCCGGCGGGAGGGAGAUGUGGCUUCCUGCUAUGCCAACCCUGCCCUGGCUGAGCAGGAGCUGGGCUGGAGAGCUGCCUUUGGCCUGGACAAGAUGUGUGAGGACCUGUGGCGUUGGCAGCUGCAGAAUCCCACAGGCUACAGCAAGAACUGA